UCAGUGUCUCUUUCCCUCUGGGCUGUGAAUGGGAGGGGAGAUGCUGGAUUCGGGAGAAAGGUCCGCCAUUAUUGGGGAAGCUGAAAAAAAACAGACUUCUACACACCGUCACACAUUUAGCCUGUAAGGGGCUUAGCGACAGAAAGGAAAACAGAGGCGGUCGGGGACGAGCUGUUGUUCUCUGGAAAGCGGUCUUCGCCUCGUGAAGAAGAAGAAGAAGAAGAAGAAGAAGAAGAAGAAGGCACGGCUCGUGGUCGCGUCUUCUCCGGACUCUCUCCCUUUUUUUUUGACACAACAAAGGAAAUAAUAAUUGGUCAAAACAACGUGGUGCUUGGACCAAGAAGGAGAAAAACACGCCGAAACAGCGCUCGCUUUCCCAUCGCUUCCUCCCCCCACCUCCUCCACCACCUUUUCUGUUCCUUUUUUAAAAUUCUCUCUUUCUCCUCGCAAGACGUUUUUUUCCCCAGCCGUGGUGAGAAGACUGGAGUUUGAAGAGCAACAUUUUUGCUUCUUCUUCUUCUUUUUUCCCGACGAGAAUUAAGUUGGUUUUUUUUUUCUCUCUCUCUCUCCACCACACACACACUCUCUCUCUCUCCUGAAAGAGAGAGAGAGAUGUACAAUCUCGUCUCUGAAAACUUCAGGCUGAUGAGAACGAGCACUUAACGUGGGGGAGCGCUGCUGCUACUAUAAUAAUUACAAAAAAACAAAAGAGCGGAAAAAUAAUCGAUGUGAGUUUUGUUUUUUGGAGGAAGUGGGGUUUUUUUGUGCGUGUGUGUGUUGCCCUGCUUAAAGUCUUUCACCGGCUGUGAGUCGCAAAGGAGAAAAAGAAAAAGGAGCGGACCAGAGCUGGAGAGAGGGAGGAAUGCUAUGGGCCAGACCCAAGUCCAGUGAGCUCCUCUUGCAUGGAAACCCUCCUUCCUUGGCAGCCUUCUCCUCUCCCUAGAGCUAGCGGCCAGCAUGGCAGGAUGAGCCUCUGCCAGCGAUGAUGAUGGCCAAAAAGCAAGAUGUCCGGGCACCCACCUACAACCUGGUUGUGGUUGGCCUAUCAGGCACGGAGAAGGAGAAAGGCCAAUGUGGUGUGGGCAAGUCCUGCCUGUGUAACCGCUUUGUCCGGCCAAGUGCAGAUGACUUCUACCUGGACCACACCUCCGUUCUCAGUACCAGUGACUUCGGAGGCCGUGUGGUGAACAAUGACCACUUCCUUUUCUGGGGAGAAGCCGGGCGGACGGUGGAGGAGGGGCCAGAAUGCCGUAUGAAUGUGGUGGAGCAGACAGAGUUCAUCGAUGAUCAGACGUUCCAGCCACACAGAAGCACAGCACUCCAGCCUUACAUCAAGAGGGCAGCUUCCACCAAGCUGGCUUCGGCUGAGAAGCUGAUGUAUUUUUGCACAGAUCAGCUGGGGCUGGAGCAGGACUUUGAGCAGAAACAAAUGCCCGAAGGCAAGCUGAUGGUGGAUGGCUUCUUACUCUGUGUGGAUGUUAGCAGGGGUAUGAACCGUAGCUUUGAGGACCAGAUGAAGUUUGUGACAAACCUGUACAACCAGCUGGCCAAAACGAAGAAACCUGUGGUACUGGUUCUCACCAAAUGUGAUGAAGGAGUUGAGCGCUACAUUAAAGACUCACAUACCUUUGCCCUUGCCAAGAAGAAUCUACAGGUGGUAGAAACAUCAGCACGGUCUAAUGUCAAUGUUGAUCUAGCCUUUCUUACACUGGUUCAGCUAAUAGACAAGAGUAGGGGAAAGCCCAAAAUUAUCCCUUACUUUGAGGCACUGAAACAGCAGAGUCAACAGAUUGCCUCAGCCAAAGACCGCUAUGAGUGGCUGGUCAACCGAAUUGUGAAGAACCACAAUGAGACCUGGCCUGUUGUCAGUCGCCGUAUGCAGACUGCUCCUGAGUACAAGGACUAUGUUUUCCUUGAGGGGACAGCUAAAGCCAAGAAGCUCUUCCAGCAGCAUGUGCAUAGACUUAAACAAGAUCACAUAGAGAAACGUAGGAAGGCCUAUUUAAGUACACUACCACAGGCCCUGUCUAUACUGUUGCCAGAGUUGGACGAGAUUGACCACCUGAGCUGGUCUGGAGUUCAGAAAGUCCUGGAGACAAAGCGAGAUUUCUCCCAAUGGUUCGUAGUGCUGGAUGACACCCCUUGGGAGACCACACCACACAUUGACAACAUGGAGGAUGAUCGCAUCCCCCAGGACCUCCUGGAGACUCCUGCAGCUGAAACUAUCUAUGAGACCCACCUGGAGCAGCUAAGGAAUGAGCGCAAACGGGCUGAGAUGAGAUGGGAGUUCAAGGAGAAGCUAAGUGUCUCUCCUUUCAUCACACCAGGAAAACCCUGGGAGGAGGCCCGAAGCUUCAUCAUGAACGAAGACUUCUACCAGUGGCUGGAUGAGGCUGAAUAUCUGGAUAUCUACAACAAACACCAGAAGGAAAUCAUUGACCGAGCCAAAGAGGACUUUCAGGAACUGCUUCUUGAGUACUCUGAGCUCUUCUAUGAGCUGGAAGUAGAUGCAAAGCCAAGUAAAGAGAAAAUGGGAGCCAUUCAGGAGGUGUUGGGUGAGGAGCAAAGGUUUAAAGCUCUGCAGAAGCUGCAGGCAGAAAGGGAUGCUCUGGUAUUGAAACAUAUCCACUUCGUCUACCACCCCACAAAGGACACCUGUCCUAACAGCCCCCACUGUGUGGACAGUAAGUUAGAGCAAAUACUGUCCUCCAGAUUCCCUACCCGUUAUCCGUCAUCAGACAGUUCAAGACCGGAUGGGGGGAGGGCUGAACGGAUAAAUCUUGUCAUCUUAGGGAAAGAUGGACUAGCCAGAGAGAUGGCAAAUGAAAUAAGGGCCAUGUGCACCAGUGACGACCGGUACGUGUUAGAUGGCAGGAUGUAUGAGUUAGCCCUUCGUCCCAUAGAGGGCAACGUACGUCUGCCAGUCAAUUCAUUCCACACACCAACCUUCACACCCCAUGGUUGUCUGUGUUUGUACAACUCAAAGGAAUCCCUCUCUUAUGUUGUAGAAAGUUUAGAGAAGCUUAGAGAGUCAACUAUAAGCAGAAGGGAAAGGGAAAACAGCUUAUCCCAACUCCCGCUGUCCCUCCUUCUGGUCACCAAGCGUGGGGUGGGGUCCAUAGGGGAUAUUGGGGGGGAGACAGCUCAGACUCUUAUCCAACAAGGGCAGCAGGUGGCUGGAAAGCUGCAGUGUGCUUACCUAGACCCUGCAUCUCCAGGCAUGGGCUACGGGCGUAAUGUCAAUGAGAAGCAGAUAAAUCAGAUGCUGAAGGGCCUCUUAGAAUCACGGCGAAGCAUAGGGAGCAGUUCCCCUCCCUUACCCCCGCCAUCCUCUGCCUUUAGAGACUCUCAGUCCCAGCCAAUGCUAGAGGCAGACCUGAGGAUAGUCAUGUGCCUCAUGUGUGGAGACACGUAUGACCUAGACCAGCUCCUCGCUCCCUUCCUGUUGCCCCAACAUUGUCGUCCUGCAUCCAGUCUCAGCAGUGGCACCUCAGUUUUGUUGGAAAUGAGUAUAGGAGGUCAGAGGCAGGUCAUUGAGCUAUCCCUGCUCUCCUUCCAUUCCUCAUUCUCCCUCCGCAAGACCAGGCUUGUCCAUGGCUACAUUGCAGUUUACUCUGCUCGCCGCAAGGCCUCUAUGGAGACAUUAUGUGCUUUCCUGUGUGAGGUCCAAGACAUCAUCCCAGUUCAGUUGCUAGCAGUAGGGGAGAGUCAGAUGGAGCUGUCAGACUCAGAGUCAGCCAAGGAGCAGGUCAGUCAGGGAGAGGAACUGGCCCAUGAAAUAGAGGCCAGAUUUAACACAGUAAUAUGUGGACAUGGUGGGGUGGUGGGGGGGCUUCAUAAGAUCGACCUUUUCCAAUCUUUCCUCAAAGAGGUGGUAGAAAAGCGCACUAUUGUUGAGGCCACACACAUGUAUGAUAAUGUGGCUGAGGCCUGUACCAAUGAGAGCAUCAGCCCUCGCUGUGGCUCCCCCAGUCCAGUUAACAUUCUUAUGGAUUCAGAGGACGAUAUCGAUCCUUCAUCGCCUUACCCUACCCUGAGGGAGGAUGGCAGUCUCGGUUCUCACCUGGGAACCUUCAAGCUGCCAGAUCUGGAUUCAAGUGACACCUUCUCUGUCAUUUCUGAGCUGAGCACCUUUGAGAGCAAGCUGAACAACAAGGUUCCUCCACAAGUGAAGCCCAAGCCUGUCCGGAAGGUUAACCUCGGCCCCUACAUGGACCAGCAGGGUGGAACCAACCGCCGUUCCCUGCCCCAAGCUGUCACCUGGGCACCAGGUAGCGAUGGUGGCUAUGACCCCUCAGACUACGCGGAGCCCAUGGAUGCUGUGAGCAAACCUCGACCCACAGAAGAGGAGAAUAUUUACUCUGUCCCUCACGACAGCACACAGGGCAAGAUUAUCACCAUCCGCAAUGCCAACAAAGGUCAUUCCAACGGGAGUGCUGGGGGGAAUGGGUCAGAUAGCGAGGCUGAUAGCAGUUCACUGGAACGCAGGAGAAAGUUGUCUGCCAUCGGCGUAAAGCCUAAGCUCUACAGAGACAGAUCCAAACGGCUUGGCAAGUUCAGCAGUUUUAGGACGAGCUUCUCUAUAGGCAGUGAUGAUGAGAUGGGGGGACCACCGAAGGCUGGCCCGGACGAGGUGGGAGCCCAAAAAGACAACUCCAUUGAGGAGAGUGAGGACCCCAAAAGGAGGAAUAUUCUCAAGAGCCUGCGCAGAAAUACAAAGAAACCACGACCCAAACCCCGGCAUUCCAUCUCCAAACCCAUCGAAAGCAACUACUUCGGUAUGCCGCUGUCCACGGUGGUCAGUCUCGAGAGGCCGAUCCCCAUCUUCAUUGAGAAGUGCAUCCGCUUCAUUGAAACAACAGGGUUGAGCACAGAGGGCAUCUACAGGGUGAGCGGGAACAAGGCGGAGAUGGAGAGCAUGCAGCGGCAGUUUGACCAAGACCACAACCUGGACCUGGUGGAGAAAGACUUCACCAUCAACACGGUAGCCGGAGCCAUGAAGGCCUUCUUCUCUGAGCUGCCUGAGCCUCUGGUGCCCUACAGCAUGCAGGGAGAGCUGGUGGAGGCCUUCAAGAUCAACGAUAGGGAGCAGCGCUUCCAGACGAUGAAGGACAUUCUGCGCCGCUUCCCCAAGGAGAAUUACGAGGUCUUCAAAUAUGUCAUCAGCCACUUGAACAAGGUGAGCCAGAACAACAAGCUGAACCUGAUGACCAGUGAGAACCUGUCCAUCUGUUUCUGGCCCACGCUGAUGAGACCGGACUUCACAACCAUGGACGCCCUGACUGCCACUCGCACCUACCAGACAAUCAUCGAGAGCUUCAUCCACCAGUGCUCGUACUUCUUCUACAAUCAGCCACUGGCUGACGGCCUGCCCGGCUCCCCCACCUCCACGCUCUCCUCCGGGGGAGGAACCUCGGCUUACUCCUGCAUGGCUGGAGGCUACUCAUCUUCGCCGACUCCGUCCCCGGCUCCCUACGUCCUUCCCGCCACCCCACCUGUCAUCCCCCACUACGGCCCCCCUAUCCACCACCACCACCACCACCAUCACCAUCUCCACCAUCAACAUCAACAUCAGUCCCCGCCCCACUCCCCUCCUGCCACCCCUCAAUCCCCGAUCCCAGCCCUGCUGCCGCCCUCCCUGCACCCCCAUCACCCCCCUACGGAACAACACACGCUGUGAACCAGGGAUCAAGGGAAAGAAGGAAAAAAAAAAGACGGAUAACAAGAUUCAGAGAGAUUUAAAGGUUCAGAAUAAGAGAUUUUGAAGUUUUGGGAAGGAAUUAAAGAAGAUAAAUUGAGAACAGGAGGUAGGAAGAGAAUUUGGGAGAGAUUGAGUGAGAUGCAGUAUGUACAGGGAGAAACUUACAUGUUUGGGAGAAGAAAGGGGCGCUCGAGCCUCCGUUUGCUUUUUUAGAAAACAUGGACACACACGCAACGCAGAAAAAGGGGAACACUGAAGAGCCUCUGAACUGGCAGUAUGAUCUUUCUCCCUCCUCGCCACUUUAUCCCUCUGUCUCUCAGUCUCGCUCCAUCUAGACCUGCCCUCCUUGCCUUAUAGAGAACCUAGACACAAACACACUAAUGAAGAAGAGUGAGAUGUUGCCAGUAACUGUUAAAGGGACUCAGGGAGGGGCCUCGGAAAGUAAAGUGCAAGGGCGAUUAUGAUCUGUUAUGUUGGGAUUGCUUCACCACACAAACAGCCACACGCUUGACACAAACACCCAGUGGCCAGUGUGCCUCCGACAACCAUCCUCCUCAAUCCCGUAGUAGCUUCUAACUGUGCUGGGAAUUUAUGGUGGCCGGCUUUUUGCAAAGCGACCCACCCGCUGUACCUACCAGGAGAGCCUGUUUGUUCAUUUCACCGCUGUGCAGAGGACUGGAGCAAGAAACAUUUCUUACUACUCACCCGACAGAAUGUUCUGUCCUCCACGACUUACACAUUCCUGUCAGUCAACCCCACGCACACACACAAUCAGUUUCAGUCGAGGCAGUAUGCCAAGCACAGAAAAAAAAAACUUAAACUAAAAAAAAAAAAAAAAAAAAACAAUCUCAACCAACCGGAUCUAGCUAGGCAGCAAAUUGGAGCAAAGGAUUAUGGGGGCUCUCACACCCUUGGCAUUCUGCGAAGGCUCCUCCUCCCGGUCUCCUGUUUGCUCUCUCUCUCUCUCGCACUCUCUCACUCUCCCGGUCUGAACUUCGACCUCGUCUUUGUAAACACGUGAAGACAGCAGCUUAAAAAGUGGCCAUUUUUAAUUGGUCUAAAUCUUGAUUCCACGGUCACAAUCCCACUUCUUUUUUAAAUUCUGUUCUUCUUCUCACAAAAACACGGAGAUCUCCUGGCCGAUUGCUCAGCGAGUGGCCUCGUGUGCAAGUGUCUGUGUGACUGUGUGCGCGUGUAUCCGUGCCAUUUUGUGUAACCUGAAUUUCCCAGUAUUAGGCAGAUAGUGGGAAUGAUUCCGGGGUUGGACCUUCACCUGUCAUGUUGCUUCUGUUCACGCUCCGGUGGUUUUACGAGCGAGUCGACGCUGCAGUUUCCACAGUGAGGACCUCGUUCAAAAAAAGCACUUUUCUGAGCACUUUGAAGGCACAUUUUAAAUUGGAGCUGCUGUGACAUGACAGCCACCUUUUCACUUUAUUGUCAGUCCACCCUCUACUCUCUUUUCUCUGGGAGCACACCACUGACAUCUAGAGGAAGAACUGGGUGUUGCAGCCAUAAACCUCGCCUCCACUACUGCAUGGGCGUAGCACCAUUUUCCUACUGUUUUUUUUUUCUGUGGCGGCAGAGUCUCUUAUAGGUGCAAUUGUUGUGAUUUUUUUUUUUUUCAUCAUUGUAUAUCAGGUGAAUUUAACUCUGGAGUUCAUGAAGUGUCUGAGGACAAAUAAAGUUACAACAGCAGUUUUCACUCUGGUACAAAUCAGUUGAGAUUAUUCAGAUUCCGGCUCUGUAGCCAAAAAAGCAAGCGUCUAUGUUGCAGUUGAUUAGACAUGCAGUGAAUAAAAUUGCCUCUCUGUCCUCUGUUGUUAGUCUCCACUUCACCAGAGCACUCAGCCCUUUGUAGAGGAGUGCGUGCCACCUCCCAGACGCCAUAUUUAAGUGGAAGGAAAUGGAGAUUUAGGAGAUUGAGGCACAAUGUAGCAUCACAGGACAGAGAGUACGAGCUUAGACAGGUGGGAGGCUUUUUAUUGUUAGAAAUAAUUGGUAACCACUGCUCCGGGCCUCAGCACGCUGUCCCCGCACGGCACAGCAUCAUUUUCUCUGGAAAGAUGACUCAAACCUGCUCUGUCUCUCUGGACUUGAAAUAUGAUUUGCAAGAGUGUAACCACUGCACCAGAUUCCCCCUGCUGUCACUGUCAUGCCACCACAUCCCCGAGUCAUCCCCUGUCCAAGAGAGACAUUUGGGUCCGGGAGAGACGGAACAGACAGUCCAUUCAUCCGUCUGCAUGACUGGAGUGGAGCAUCCCAGAAUUCCUCGGCCCAGUCUGCUGUUACCGUAGAAACCGGCGAGAUGGGGCUCGAGAGGAACUGCUGAGCCCUGAUCGAAGCAGCUUUUUGAAGUGUGUGUGUGUGCGCGCGCAUGUGUGUCUCGACAAAGAGUGUGCGUAUGUGAACUUACGUGUGUUAAUGUUAAGCAGAUGCUCAGCAAGGUCACUUAUUCUGUUUGACACUGAAUAGCAUCUCUGCAUGUUUCCCCAGACUGUCCUCUCCUCCCAAAAGGAGUUUAAAAAAAAAAAAAAAAAAAACCCAAGCCUUUUAACCAAUCACUGAACUCUUACAGGAGCUUUUAUCAGUCUACACUACCUAUGUACCUUGUGUGUGUGUGUGUGUGUGUGUGAUGGAGGAAUUAAAGAGUGUGUGUUUGGGUAGGUGGAUUUGAGCUAACAUGCUAGCAAGCUGUGCUUGGCAGACGGCCAGACACCAGCGUGAUCCAAACAAACGUGAAGGAGAGGAAUGCAGUUCUCCUCGCGGUCAUUACCCCGCUGUGUAACCCUGUUAGCUCGUCCAGAUUACACACACUGAUCCUCAGAGAAAGUGUGAGAGAGAUGGGGGAGAGAUCGGGGAGAGUGAGAGGGGAGAGAAGACGGACAGCGAGCUGGUGAAUGGGAUCAUUAUUUAGGAGACGGAGGGAGGAAGGAGGGGUGACCACUGGUACUUGUGUGUGAACGCCAGCCAGUGGCGUUCCCUGUGUAUAUCAAUGUGUUAAUACUGAACUGACUGUGAGGCAGCCAAAGACUGUGGAAAAAAGGGUCGAGGGAGAGAUGGGAAGCAAAGUGACAGUUUAGAAGAACAAUUGAAUUAAAAAAAAGAAAAAAAUGUGACUUUGGUUCAGCGAUAACAUGUGGCUGCAUUGCUUUUCUUUUUCUUUUUUCUUUUUUGUUUUAUUUUUGCAACAAUGGUGACAGAUGUCUGUUAAGUUAAAAUGAGAAACAAGCAAAACUAUAUUCAAAUGGUUGUUUAUUGGUAUGUUAGGGGGUCUAACACUUUGCCCUUUAGUCAGUGGUGAUAGAAAAAAAAUAAAGUUUCUUUUUAUGUUUUAUUUUAAUAAUUAAAAAAAAUACAAAGGAUUUUUUUUUUUUAACAAUUUCUUUGUGAACGAUUGAGAGACCAGCCCAGUAUAGUGCAUGAUUUCUUCCCAACCAAGGAAGAGGGCUCCACCACUCUCACUAUUUAAGAGAUGAUGAUAAAAAAAAAAAUAUUAAGAAAUAAUGGGGGGAAAAGAAAAUGAGAAAAAAAGAAAAAAAGAAAUGAAGUACUGUAAAGAGAAAAGAUAACAUCAAACAAAAAACCUGUCAUUAUUUGCUGAGUAUGGUAAUUUGUCUCAAUGGGAAUGGUGUAUACAGCAAGGCCUUAUGUGAUCUGUAUCAUAGUUAAUAAAUCAAAUCUUGUAAAACA